CAAUGAAAGUCGCUUCAAAAGUCUGUAGACAGGAGUUAUAGUGAAAGGAUUUGGAUGUUACAGAAUUAUGUUCUCGAAAAUCACGACGACGCCGACGCAAAGUUUAACUCGCUCACCUGUCUACUGGGUUGAAAUGGUUCCUGCGCUGCCACAACAAUAUGAAAACCGAGAAUGUCCACAAGAUGACGGGGGCUGUUUGAUGAAAAUGAUUAAUAACUCGACGUCUUAUGACGACAUGGUAUGCUCUCAGCUACCGGACAACGUUAACGAGAAAAUAAAACAAAAAGAACUCAUUCCGUUGACAAUAUUAAUUCUUUCGACAAAUUUUCUAGUACUGUUAUUUAUUAUUGUGAACAAGAGAUUUCAUACGCCGACAUAUAUAUUUGUGGCCUCACUGGGCGUCGCCGAUUUAUUUGUUGGAUUUGUUUCUAUAGUAACAUUAGCCACAAAAGCCAAUGAGAAAAGUCAGGAUAUGUGUCUGGCAAGGAUUGGCUUCACCGUAGCAGCCAUUUCCGCGUCAGUUUGGUCGCUCACGUGCGUAGCACUUGAUCGGUAUAUUGCAGUAACUCGUGCACUUCUAUAUAAAUCCAUCAUGACAAAAAGGAAAACAGUGACUGGGAUCGCGUGUUCUUGGCUGUUUUCAAUGGUAGUUGGAUUUCUUCCUUUGGCAGGAUGGAAAAAUGAUUCUUACAAAUUUUAUUGUUCUUUCAUGUAUGUUUUACCUAAAUAUUAUAUUGUAUUUUUAUUCUCCGUUUCCGCUGUGAUACCAUUGACGACAAUGUUCAUAAUUUAUGGAAUUUUAUUCAAAAGUGCAAGAUUUCAUAUAAAACAGAUUGAGAUUAUCGAAAAACUGCAGUCAGACAAACGGAAUAGCAGAAUGUUUGGUAUUUCAAGUAGAAAUCUCCGAUCCAUAAAAACAUUUGCUGCUAUACUUGGGUGUGUGGUGAUAACAUGGCUACCCUUCCUCAUAGCUACAACAGUUCAAAUUAUUCAAACUACGGGAAAUUGUACUUUGCAGGAGGUUAUUGGUACACAUUUACUUGUUCUCGGUUUUUCUAAUUCGUUUCUCAAUCCGCUAAUAUACGCUUUGGGAACCAAAGAUUUUCGGGCAAAAGUUGGCCAAGUGUUUAAAAGACGUUGCUAUGCGAUAAAUACAUCACAAGUGUUUCCAAAUGACGUCGAAAUGUCCCAGUCGACUUGACGGUUUAGUUGAGUUCAGUCCUGUGAUCAAAAUUGUUUUAAAAGAGUAAUUCUGGUCUGUAAUUCGAGCGGAGCUUACUAGUUCGUGUUUAGAGGCCAACACAGCAUCCACUGCUGCACCAUUUCUCAUACUGCCUAUUGUUACAUCAACAUUAAACAUUACCGAGUUUGUAUUAAAUUUAUGAAAACCAUUUACAUGAUUUAGCAUAGGUUAUUUACAUCUAACGUAUGAUUUUGUAGCAUGUAUAAACACUGAUGUAUUUAUAGAUAUAAUACAGUUACAUUUCCGCCAACCUUCUAAAAUGUACAUUUUUGGCUUACUUCUAUUUUUACCUUGAUAAACAUAUCCUUCAUUAUUUAUGGGCCAGUAUGAUCGCAUAUCAGAGUCAUAAUAGAUAGUUUAGAACGGUUAAAUGUGGUACAUGAUAUAUCGGUAAUAUAAAACACGUCUAAAUACUUUCAAACGCUUAAAUGUAUUACUGAGCCGUGCCAUGAGAAAACCAACUUAGUGCAUUUGCGACCAGCAUGGAUCCAAACCAGCCUGUGCAUCCGUAUAGUCUGGUUAGGAUCCAUACUGUUCGCUAACGGUUUCUCUAAGGGUUUGAAAGCGAACAGUAAGGAUCCUGACCAGACUGCGCGGAUGCAUCCUAGUCGCAAAUAAACUUUGUUGUUUUUCCCAUGUUGCGGCUCAGUUAUAUCUGGGUAAUAUAAAAAACGUACGGUUAAAAGCGUUACAUGAUAUAUCGGGUAAUACAAAACACGUACGGUUAAAUGUGUUUAAGAAAUAAUAUAUCUCAUCCAGCGAUUUGUCGUUGAAUAAAUCAUUGUUUGGAGUUUCAGAUGCGAAGGAGUUAUAUCACGAGGACGCAGCCCGAGUGAUAUAAUAAAACGCAUCUGAACGACAAACAAUGAUUUAUUCAAGAGCUAAAUGAGAUAUAUUAUUUCGAUUCUAACACCUAACCAAGGAUUUUUAAGUACAUCCUUGAUGACAUUCAUUAAAUAUUUGCCCCUUUUCAGUCGGUUUCUUUUCCAGCGCGCCGCUAUGCCGUUUGACGCCAUGACGUAAUAAUUAUGACGUCAGAACAAUGAUUUGUUGUAUAAUAAUUCACCGUUUUCUGCCUUCUUUGUUUAACAAGAAAAUGAAUCGGAUCGUGUCAGAAUACGUGAUAUAUCGGGUAAUAUAAAGCACGUACGGUUAAAUGUGUUACACGAUAUAUCGGGUAAUUUAAAAUACGUACGUUUAAAUGUGUAACACGAUAUAUCGGGUAAUUUAAAACACGUACGGUAUCGGGUAAUUUAAAACACGU